AUGAAAGUUUUGCUUUGUUUAUUCUUUGUAGCUGUCAUUCUUAUUGAUGACGCCAAUGCAAGUCUUAAAUUUGUCCCCAUCGAAGAUCAAGAUCAAGAUCCUUGUUCAUCUCUCCUCGCAGCUACUAGUGCUACAUACCAGAAUGGAUAUGAAAAUUUGGAACAUCUCGAAGAGCAAUGCACAGAAGAAUUAAAUGGUGUAUCAUUUAGCAAUGAUGAAGAGUAUCAAGAUUUUUUUAGCGAAUUUUUUAUUAACGGAUGUGGCAAUACUGUUCAGGAAUCAUAUUUCAAUACUAUCGAAGAACUUGCAGAUGUAACAGGAUUUUCAUAUGACGAAUACACUUCUUCUCUUCAAAAUGGUCAAAGACCGGGCGACUUAGAUUGUCUCAAUGAAAGUGACCAAAAUUUCUUAGCAGCAGCUUUACAAAUUGAUACGAAAUUAAGGGACAUUUAUGAGAGUUUAGAACCUCAAUCGAGUUCAGAUAUUGAUAAUCUUGACGUAAACUACAAAUCUAAAAGUGCUAUUAAGAACACUUAA